CCCUAAUUCUAUCAUCUUUCAUCUAAAUUACAUUUUCUCCCGAAUUCAAACCCUAGUUUUUUUUUCAAUUCUUCAUCUACUAUUAAAGUAGGAUUCCAUUAUGCAACAAUCAUAAAAACAACAAGAACAAUCGAAAAAUCCUGUACAUUCGAAUGCAACAAUUGAAAAAACAACAAGAACAAUAGAAAAUACAUAGCAAAUCGAUUUGGUAAAUAUUAGAAUGCAACAACAAUCAGCCUAUGGUUUAUUCAAAUGCAAAUUUGCACAGAAAUUCGAGUCAAUUUUCAUCUGUUCAUUUUCGAAUGCAAAUACAUCAUGUCCAGAAUUUAUUUUUUUUAAUGUUUUUUUAAUUUUUUUUAAUUUGUUUCUUAGCCGGAACAAAAGAACGGCCAAAAAAAGAGAUGCCUUGGUGCCGUAAUCCGUUGCCAAAUAUUCUUCGAUUAUUCUUCGUUUUAUCAUCUUCACGCUUUUCGAUGUUACAUUACCACAUAAAUCAUUUGUUUUUUUUUCUUGAAUUCAUGAUUUAUUAGUUCAUGAACCGACGAUUAUCUGAAUUUCUUCUCUAUUUCAUUCUACCUCGUGUUUCCAUUUUAGGUGGAUUUGUUCGAUAAUGGAUCGUCUGAGUUCACCUGCGCGUCUUAUGAUAGUUUCGGAUCUUGAUCAUACAAUGGUUGAUCAUCAUGAUCCGGAGAAUAUAUCUCUUUUGAGAUUCAAUGCUUUGUGGGAGUCCAAUUACAGGCAUGAUUCAUUGCUGGUGUUUUCAACUGGAAGAUCUCCAACUCUUUACAAGGAGUUGAGGAAAGAGAAGCCAAUGUUGACUCCAGAUAUCACUAUUAUGUCAGUGGGUACUGAGAUUACUUAUGGUAAAUCCAUGGUGCCUGAUCAUGGUUGGGUUGAUGUUCUGAAUCUGAAAUGGGAUAGGAAUGUAGUUAUUGAAGAGGCUAGCAAGUUUUCUGAGCUUAAACCUCAGUCUGAGACAGAGCAACGGGCACACAAAAUUAGCUUUUAUGUUGAUAAAGAGAAAGCACAACAAGUGAUGAAGGUUCUUUCUGAGACAUUGGAAAACCGUGGGUUGGAUGUGAAGAUUAUUUACAGUGGAGGAAUUGAUUUGGAUGUAUUGCCACAAGGUGCUGGUAAAGGACAAGCCCUUGCAUAUUUGCUUAAGAAGUUCAAGUCUGAAGGAAAACCACCCACCAAUACCCUUGUGUGCGGUGAUUCAGGAAAUGAUGCUGAGCUCUUCAGUAUUCCAGAAGUUCAUGGAGUCAUGGUCAGCAAUGCUCAAGAAGAAUUGCUGCAAUGGCACGCACAAAAUGCAAAAGGUAACCCCAAGAUUAUCCAUGCAACUGAAAGAUGUGCUGCUGGUAUAAUACAGGCAAUUAAUCACUUCAGCCUUGGUCCAAGUAUCUCUCCGAGGGACGCCAUGGAUUUCACAGAAUGUCAGCUAGAGAAUGUGAACCCUGGUCAUGAAAUCGUCAAAUUUUACUUGUUCUAUGAGAGAUGGAGACGUGGUGAAGUGGAAAACUCUGAGUCAUACUAUGCAAGCCUCAAAUCAGUGUGUCAUCCUUCAGGGGUUUUUAUCCAUCCUUCUGGCGAGGAGCUCUCUCUUCAUGAAAGUAUAGAUAAACUCAAAAAAUGCUAUGGAGAUCGUCAUGGGACAAAGUACCGGGUAUGGGUUGAUCGCCUGUUGCCAACCAGAAUAAGUGUUGACGCAUGGCUGGUGAGGUUUGAUAAGUGGGAAUCAUCUGGUGAAGAGUGCCAGUGUUGUAUAGUUACAACUCUUUUGAGAUCCAAGGCAGCCAACUCCCUAGCCGACCUAUUAUGGGAACAUGUGCAUCAAACGUGGUUGGAUGGAUAUGCUGCUAAAGAUAAUAACUCAUGGAUGUUGUAAGUUUCCAUCCAAGAGCUGGUGAUUUAUUCCUUCGAAUAUAACCCAUUUGCUAUUGCUUCAUAAUGAAUCUCAUACUGUAGUGUAUGAUGGAUGUACUGUAAUUAUCGUCUUCAUAAAAUGUAAUUAUCGUCUUCAUUAAAAGAAAAACGUCUAAAAUGCUCAUACAAUUUUUUUUUCUUUUCUUAAUAAAACUGUUGACAAUGCUUGCAUAAUCAUGUCGAGAUUUUAAAAUUGUCAAAAACUUUGAUAUAUUCUUUUUUUAAA